CGGGUCGGUAACUAUCGGGUAGACAAGGUACAAAGGAGCAGGCAGGAGAAUGGUCAGGAAUAGCCAGGGUCAGUGCAGGCAGAGUUCUAGCAGAGUCAAGAUCAGGCAGGAAGCAAACAGGAUGCAGGUACAGGGGCUCAUGAGAACAAACACCAAGGCACUGAUUGCAGGCCUGGUCCUGCUUAAAUACACCUCCUGCAAUCAUCCUCAGGUGAUGGCUUGACUGCAGGAGUGAGAUUCUGGCUGCUGAGAGCACCCGCUGGCCAGCACUGGUACUGCAGCCCACAAGGCAGGUGAGUCCCACCACUAUUGGCAAGUCCAUUCCUGACAGUCAGCAUGGGAGUCCUGUGUGAGCACAAAUGCAGCUGCAGCAUGG